AGGUUAAGUCAAAGUUAAGUUAAAAUUAUAGAUUAAAUUAUAAAUGUAUAUGUACGAAAAAUAUACCUUUGCUAGCGCGCUUCUAACAGCUGUUGCGCAAAGCUUGACGUUUACCAACACUAAACUAUAAGUGCGAAACACACUUCAAAACAAAAGGCAAAAAAACAACCAGAUAGCUAAGCGAAAAACAUUUUCUUAAUGCAGAUGGAUCCGUAAAGUUCACAAUCAAAAUGAAACUUUACAAAUUAAACACCCACACGAGGGGGUGCAAUAAGUCUUACGAUGCCGAUCUGGUGCUGAAUCCACAGGAUCAUCCCACAGCCAAGGUGGGCGAUGUGGUGGAAAUUUAUUCGCCCGAGGAUGAGAAUGGCACGCAUCUGCUGCUCCAAAUAACGGAACUCAACGAACAGAGUAAAACCGGACGCAAUGUGAUAAGCAUCGAAUCGUGCAUUGCCACCGCAUUUAAGAUGCGCUCCUAUUCGAAUGUUGUGAUGCAAAUUGUGAAUCCAGCGGAUGUGGCGCUAGACUCCAUAGAGAUAACGUUCAAGGAUCAGUAUAUGGGACGCUCGGAAAUGUGGCGCCUGAAAACGUAUCUGACAAAUACAUGCGUGUAUGUGAAUAAGAAAAUCGACUACAACGACAUGCAGAUACGCUGUCAAGUGUACGAGAUGUGGUCGCAGGGCGAACGCGUCGCCAGCGGGGUCAUCACAGACGACACAAAGAUCGUCUUCCGCAGCAGCACCUCGAUGGUUUAUCUCUUUUUGCAAAUGUCAUCGGAAAUGUGGGACUUUGAUAUCCAUGGUGAUCUGUACUUUGAGAAGGCAGUUAAUGGCUUUCUUACCGAACUCUUUCAAAAGUGGAAGAAGCUGGGCUGCAACCACGAAGUGACCAUUGUGCUCUUCUCGCGCACCUUCUAUGCGGCCAAGAGCCUGGAUGAGUUUCCUGCCCACAUGCGGGAUUGCCUGCAGCUGGACUACAAAGGACGCUACUACGAGGACUUUUAUCGCGUUGCCAUUCAAAACGAACGCAACGACGACUGGUGCACUGUGCUCGCCCAGUUGCGCAAGCUCUUCACAUCGUAUCAGGAGACUGUGCUACGUUAUCACGAACGACAGCAUAUGCACAUUCCACAUGCCACCAAUUCAACGGCCACGCAGGGCAACUUCCUCGAGGUGCUCAACAUAUCGUUGAAUACGUUUGAAAAGCAUUAUUUGGAUCGCACCUUUGAUCGCACCGGACAACUCUCGGUUGUGAUUACACCAGGCGUGGGUGUUUUCUCUGUGGACAGAGAACUAACAAACAUCACCAAACAGCGUAUCAUCGACAAUGGUGUAGGCAGUGAUCUGGUGUGCGUUGGCGAGCAACCGCUGCAUGCUGUGCCGCUGCUCAAGUUCCACAACAAGGACACCACGUUGACAUCGGCCGACGAUUAUUCGCUGCCCCAUUGGAUUAAUUUGAGUUUCUACUCUACAAAUAAGAAGAUUGCCUAUUCUAGUUUUAUACCACGCAUCAAGUUGCCCAUUUUGUCGGCAGUGGAUGAGACGGAUGUGGAGGAGAGUGAGCGUAACUUUCUCAGUUGCAAUCAGUCGGAAUAUAUUCACAACUCUCUCUUCGAUUAUGAUGCCUAUGAUGAGCAAAUAUUCCAGCCACUGCCGGCGCAGAGCACCUGCUCCCUGCAACGUGUGGUGCGUGCAAAGAAGACGUCGGUGCCCAGCUUUGAGACUUAUGCUUAUCGCAACAAUGACUGGGAGAACUUGACGCCCACCAAGAUACCCAGUUUGCGACGCAAAAUGUCCGAUCCUGAUAUACACCACGGCACCUCGGGCAUGUUGGCCGCCUUGACAGACGCCACAAACUUGUCGGAGUCUUUGGCUUCCGAGAAAAAUGCACGUCGCACGAUUGUCAGCAUUGCACCAAUUGUGCGACCAGGACGUGCAUUAAUCAAUCCCUUUGAUCCGUCGCAUGUUACCAUUAAACUGACAUCCAAUCGUCGCCGUUGGACGCACAUCUUCCCCAAGGGACCGACGGGUGUGCUGAUCCAACAACAUCAUUAUCAGGCUGUGCCUGCCAAGGCGACGCCUGCGGCCAACUACAGUCGCCAGUUGCAGCACUCGACGAGCAGCAACAACAACUGCAAUGCCAACAAUAACAAUGAGAAUGAUUACAACAAUGCAGCUGCUGGCGAGCAAUACGAUCAGGUGUCGACGCACUCCUUGAUGAGUCUCAGCAAAUCGAUUGCAUCGCAGCAGUUUGUGAUGGGCGAGGAGAAAGUGGAUUUUUUCAAGCGACGCCACAAUUCGCUGCUAACAGCAACAGCUGCCGCUGCCAAUGUGCCCAAUCUGACGGCGACCCAGGCCAAGUCGUAUCUGUGGGGUGCCACGGGGGAGCAGGAGUGGACGCCCGCAAUUACUACGGAAAAUGGGAAUGCAACGGGAAAACACAUGAAACCGAUUGUCGAAGUUGACCAUAGUAAUUUUGGAAGCUCACCGCUUGAGGCUACUACACCAGAGGCGGUCGGCAAAGGAAAGAUCAUCAUAGGCGUCGACUGGAAAUCGCUGUCCAUUCCCGCCUGCCUGCCCAUCACAACCGACUAUUUUCCCGACAAGCGUUCGCUGCACAACGAUUAUGUCAUCUCCGACUACACGCUUCUGCCGGACGAUGUUAAUCUGGACUAUGCCAGAAGUCGUGCUGUCUACCGCAAGCCUUUGUCCACAGAGGAGGUCUGCAAGGAGAUUGUCUCGCAACGUCUUGCACAGGGCUUUCAACUCAUUGUGGUUGAGGAGAAGCCAAGCGCAUCAAAUGGUUGCUGCUCGACUAGCGGACCUGGCUGUGCCUUGACGAGCAAUCAAUGCAGCACAGUGUUGCCGCCAUCCGCUGAGACUAGGAAAGAGUAUCUGCUGUCCAUUGGACGCAUUUUUCACAAGAUCUCGCUAACUGGUUCGGUUAUCACCGUAACGGGAUACAGACCCAGACACCCCUAUCCGCCCAUCAAUGUUGAUUACCGUUAUCGCUUCCAUGCGCCGCAGCAUGAAACCUAUGAGAUUUCGGGCGUUAACUUUACCACAGAGAAACUGGAGAACUUUAACUGGAAUCACAUGGAUCUUUACAUCUGCACACGUGGCGACGUUGAUUAUCCCCUAAUGGAUAGUCUAAAGUACUGGCGUUUUCGCAUGUAUUUACUGCCGCGUGAGAACAUGGUUAACAAGAUCGUUAGCUUUGGCAGUCAACGCUGCGAUAUCUUCACAGAUGCCGUUGUCGACAAUACGCGGGAGCAAAUCGAUGACUUUGUGCGACUUAUUGAGAACGUCAGCAAGUUGAAGCGGCAAAUUGGACGCAAAGCUCGCGAUAGCCCCACCACCCACAGCCUAACCAAGCGGCGACACAGUACGAGCAUUAUAUCCAGGCCUCCUAACCAGGGACUCACGAAUUCUCCGUUUCGUGAGCGCGUCGGCAGUAAUCGGCUGCCCGAGAAAAGACCAAGCAUUAAUGUGCGUUCUAAGCUCGAGGCAAGUCGCAUUUCGCGCAUCUUUCCCGGCACGGAUGCUGCGGCUGCUGCUGCAGCCUCAAAUGCUGCUGCUGGAGUCAUUCCACGCGAUGAUCAGGACGAUGGUUUCCCUGUGGAUAUCAAGUUCAGCGCCAAUAUCACACUAGCUGAGAUCUUUGAGGCAAUGAAGCAUCCAAUCACAGGUGUGGGUUACUUUACGCAGACGCAAUCGUUGCCCUCCUGUACUUUUGUUUCCUAUGAUGCACUUCUUUGGCUGAAGGCGCGUCUAAGCAAUGGACGGCAUCCAUUAGAUAUACUGGAAGCCAUGCGCAAAGAGCACAUGAUUUGUCACGCAUCUGGUGACUGGAGUAAGCCCAUUAUAGCCGGAUUUGUCUUCUACUAUGUGGUGCAGCAGGACAAGAAUGCCAAAGAUUAUGCGCCGCCUUUAAAUGAUUACAGUGCUUUCGUGAACGAGUGGCUGGAGAUUGAGUUCCAAGGCUGUAGUUUCCUGUGGCAUGACGAACCGUCUCCUUCUGAGGUGCCCAAUUUCCUGCGCGACACAACUGCACCACAAUCCUGGAAGACUAAGCGUGUCUAUCGUCAGUCGCAUUUGGAGAUCGAUGUGAAUCAGAAGAGUGAUCGCAUGGAGUGGGGUCAUGUGAAGCAUCACACAGUCAUGCAGCCGGGAUUUGCAUUUGAGUUGGUCGUCGAGUGGGUUACUUCCUCAGGACCCAUCGUCUCUGAUUUGAUCUCUGGCUGGAUGCGCAAAGCGAUCCAUUGUAGUUAUCAGCUAGUGUCUGUACCGGCUGAUCCUAUGGCUGAGCCAUUUACCAAGAAAUCCGAUCCAUUACGUGGACCUAUUUUCAUUCCACUGUGCGUCACAUUCUUGCCCGACGGUGCUGCGCUCUUCGAUGAAUUCCCGGAGGAGAGCAGAGCGGAUCGCAUGCUCUUUUUGCAGGAGGCAAUUUUGGCAAGAUUUGGCUUCUUGCCCUGCGUGCUCGAGGAAACAAAUAAAGAUCUCCCCAAGGAGUAUCAAUAUGUGCACUGCACUGGUAACAUGUUUGCUCUAAUACGCUGCGCCAGCAACAAGAACCAAGUGGAGUCGCCUAGUCGCCAGGAGGCGAAUGUGACGCGUUGUGUCUAUGGCCACACUAACAACACGAAUGUACCCAAGAAAGUUGGUUUCUUGUGGGCCUGGAAUCACAUGAUACCCAACAAGAAGUGGAAGGCGUUAACCAUUAACAAUUCAGAGAACGGUGAACUUUUCCAACUGAAGAUGCUGAAGGAUUUCCGAGAAUUUUGCUCGAACAGUGAUCAGCGCUUAGCCAACUUUUGGGCAAAUUGCCAGGAGCUGAAGCGCAAAUCUAAGAAAUUUGAAUACAACAAUAAUAACAACGAUGACUCCAAGAAUAUAUAAGUUAUUUAUCGGUCAUGAUCUUAGUUAUUUGUUAGCCUUUAAAUGUUAAACAUUGAAUAUAUCAAAGAAAAUGAAACGAGAUUAGCAAUAAUUACUGUUAUCCUAUAAGA